AAAAGAAAAUCUAAGAAGAAAUUAUUUACACUUUUGAAUUAUUCCUUCGGUAAAAUAUAAUUUUUACAGUUCUGAAAGAAGUCCAAUUAUAUUCAAUUGUGUAAUAUUAGCUAAAUUUGUAUAAAUUUAUUAAAAAUCAUAGAAUUGUGUGUAUAUCGUCCGAGUGAACUUUUAUCUUACGUAGGUUAGUUUUGUAACAAUAGGUAGGAGAAUUAAUCUCAUGAAUACGUAUGUAUGUUAGUAGUGUGUUAUACGUGAUAAGUCAUUCAACCAAAGGUUUUCGAGAAGCGAAUUCCAAGAUUAUUUAUCAGUUGCUAUACGUUAUUGUACAAAAUGGCAGGACAACAUUAUUUGAGUGAUACAAAAAAUCCAUUUUUUGAAUUAGAAGAUGAUAUAGAUGAUGAGACAUUUUUAAAAAGUGCACCAACAAGGGCAUCUGGCUCAUCGUAUAAUUAUGUUAAUAAUUUUGACAAUGAACUUGAAGUUAAACGUCAACAAUUAAUGCAACGUAGAAAAGAAAUAGAAGAGCGUACUAUCCAUUCAUCAGAGCGAUCUAUCUCUCUUUUAAGAGACUCUGAACAGAUUGGUGCAGCUACAGCAGAAGAAUUAAUUAGGCAAAGAGAACAAUUAGAAAGGACAGAAAAGAGGUUGGAUGAUAUUAACAGUACAUUAAGAUUUAGUCAAAAACAUAUUCAAGGUAUAAAGAGUGUUUUUGGUAGUUUAAAAAAUUAUCUUAGUGGAAAAUCGCUUGACACUCCUAUACCAUCUACUAAACUACCAGAAUCUACAAGUUUUGGAUCUACAUCAUCGCCAACUUUAUCUAAUUCUUUAGAUCAAGUGCAAACUAAUAUGGCUAAUAACCAUCCAUCGCUUAAAUUUCGAGGUCUUGUAGAUGAUGAUGACGAUGAAGAUCGAAAAACAAAUUCAUCCACAAAUAAUAUAACAAAAGUUCUAGAAAAAAAUUUAGAUGAAAUGAGUGGAUCUCUAGCACGAUUAAAAGGUUUAGCAAUUGGACUUUCAGAAGAGAUUGAGUCACAAAGUGAUUUAAUUGACAAUAUAACAGAUAAGACAGAAAGAACAGAUAUUACAUUACAAAAACAGAAUAAAGAUCUUACAUAUUUACUGAAAAAGUAAAGUGUAUCAUAUUAACAAAAAAUAUUAUUUAACUCCUAUAGGAGUAUACAUAUACAUACAGAACAUGAUUCAAUUAAUAUUUGACCUUGAUAUGUGCAUAAGCAUAGAAAUUUAAACAUAAGAAAUGUAGUAGAUUUAAUAUUUAUAAUAUAAAUUUGCUUUAUAAAAUUUAUAAGAUAAUUCAAUUAUGUAAAAAUAGUAUGUAAGAGAAUCGUGUAAUGUUUUUUUUUUACAAUACUACAUAAAAGUAAAUUAUAAAAUAAGAUUUUUACAAUAUUUUGUGUUUCUCAAGUAUUCUUCAAGAGAUUGAUUUUUGAAAUACUCACAAUAGUUUUAAAUUAUAUAAGAAUAUUCUAAAAUAUAUUUAUUACCAUUUAAAUAGAAAAAGUAAAGGGUAUAAUGAAAUCAUGUUAAUAUUAAUUGCAAUGUAGUAUAGAAACCGUUAUUUUAAAAUUAUAUAAGGUGUGGUAAUGUAAUUUUCUUAAUCUCUUUAUAUAGUAAAUAGAGAAAUAUAUUAUUAAUGUAAAUAAGUAAAGAAGAGUGUUAAGAAGUUUUUCAUGUUUAUUACAGUAUCAUUUCGUAAAAUAUAUAUACAUAUGUAUAUUGGAUAUGUAUUAUUGUUCUCUGAAAUAUAAUUUCAAUUUAUAU